ACUUGAAACCGACCUCAAACUUAGCUCUUGCUUCAUAGCUAGUAGCUCUGAUUAUUGCUAACUUAGGCAUUGGAGUGUCUACCUCGAGGACGUAGGAUAACAGAAGUGAAGAUCCGAGUUCUGAAACAUCCCCUAGUUCUUUGCAGCUACAUUGGCGUCGUUUGUGGGAAAUCGAAACAAAGAGCCUAGUUAGUGGCUGCUACGAGGGUCAACACACAUUCAAUACAACACGGAAGACCUCAACAGGGUUGAGGAAGAGGUCAAUUCCCAAGCAGUAACCCUAUGUCUCACACUAUGCCACCUUCGAUAGCCCAACAUCAGCAAGUAGAAAGGAUUAGAGAGAAUAACCCACAGCACCUAGCGGAGUUAUUAGCUAGAGACAACCCAGGUGAUCCCCUUAUCACCCUGUUAAACCCAACUAACCAUGCACCCAAUCACCAGCUUCAACAAAAUGUCAAUUCACCAACUCGGACUAUCGUCCCGCCUCAAAACGAGUCCCAAGGCCACUCUCACAUGGCACCUCCACCUCCAAACCCACUUCAGCCAAUUGUUUCAGAUGUUUCCAAGAGUCUGCAGCUGAACUCGAUCAAUUCGUAUGCCGAGCUGGCGACAUCUUUUGCAACUAAAUUCUCAAGCCAACGACUGAUCAGAAAGACGACCUCCGAGCUCAUGCGAGUAAUUCAAAGGGAAGGUGAAUCUUUGAAAAACUAUAUGAAUAGAUUCAACGAUACUGUAUUGGAAAUUGACUUAUUCAAUCAAGCUGUUGGAUUAGCUGCCAUAAUUCAAGGUCUCAAGCACGAGAGGUUCAGAGACAGCUUGACCGAGGAAUACGCCUUGUCUGGCAAGCUCGCACUAAGUAAAGAAGUCAGACCUCUGACAUGGAGAGAUGAGGGGCAGAACAAAAAGAGGUUCAAAACUGCGCACAACCAAGUCACCUCGGUUAUUGUCAACAAUUGCGAAGUUCAGCGCGUCCUUAUCGACAUAGGAAACACUCUAGAUAUCAUGUACUAUCACUGCUUUGAGAGCAUUGGCCUUGAUCCCGCCUUCCUACAGAAGCAUGAUGGCCUCAUCUAUGGAUUCAAUAAUCAGCCAGUUCCUGUGGAAGGAGUUCUGAAACUCAAUGUAGCAUUCGGCACAGUUGUCGUUUCACAGUCCCACCUCCGCAUGAAAUUUCCCACCCUCAUGGAAGUAGUGACUUUGAAAGGCAACCAAGAGGUAGCUAGACAUUGCUACAUGACUUCGGUCACCCGACCUCAGAAGAAUAAGCAAGCAACCCCCCCAGAGUCAGCUCAGCCUGAAGUCCCAACCACACAGAAGGUAAUGGGUGUAGAAUUGUUGGAUAACAUACUUGAGGAUGAGGCCAGAGCCACCCCGGCAAAAGAGGUGGAAGAGACCUCGGCUAAUAUGCUCGGGAUACCCACCUCAGUCACAGUACAUAAACUAAGCACUUAUCUUUUGAAGAAGCCCAUAACACAGAAAAGAUGCCUGUUUGGAGGAGAGAGACUGGAAGCAAUCAGAGCAGAAAUGCAAAAACUCUUACAGGAUUGUCAUCGUUUGCCGAGUAUAGAUAAGCUAGUGGAAGUUGCAUUCAGAAAUGAAAGGCUUAGUCUUUUAGAUGCUUACUCGGGAUAUCAUCAAGUUGACAUGGCACUCGAGAACGAGGUGAAGACCUCUUUUUAUGCAAGUGACGAUAUCUACUACUAUGUAAUGAUGCCGUUUGGGCUCAAGAACGUAAAGGCUGCAUACCAUAAAUUGGUGACGAUUGUAUUCCAAGCUCAGAUCGGUAGGAACCUGGAAGUCUACGUUGAUGACAUAGUAGUUAAGAGCCUCAAGGUAGAGGAUCACCUAACCGACCGGGCAAAAACAUUUGACAACCUAAGAAAACAUAGCAUGAGGUUGAAUCCGGCCAAGUGUGUCUUUGGUGUUGAAUUUGGAAAAUUCCUAGGAUUCAUGGUCUCUAGGAGGGGGAUAAAGUUUAAUCUUGAGAAGAUCAAGGCAAUAGAAGAGAUAAAGCCACCGAAAUCAGUUAAAGAUGUGCAACGCUUAGCUGGAGGUUCACCACCUUUGUUAACUAAGGCCGAAGAAGGUGAGAUACUUUACCUCUACCUCAGGAUAUCCGAUGUAGCAAUAGGCUUAGUCUUAGUCAGAAAAGUAGGGAAACAACAGAGGCCAGUAUACUAUACCAGCAAGGUGCUACAAGGAGCCGAAUUGAGGUACUCCAUUGCAAAAAAGGCAACCCUGGCAAUUGUCACCAUUGCAAGGAAGCUGAGGCCAUACUUCCAAACCCACCCCAUUGUUACCCUCUAUCUCGAUGGGUCAUCAAGCAACAAAGGGUCGGGUGUUGGAGCAGUGUUGAUGGGGCCAGGGAACUUCCAAAGUGAGCAUGCCCUAAAACUCAAUUUCGAAGCAACAAAUAACAUAGAUGAGUAUAAGGCAUUUCUCCUCGGACUUCACUUGGCAGCAGAGCUGAAAGUCAGAUCCCUACAGCCGAGUAUGCUUUUCGCGAGGUACAUGAAGGUGUAUGUGGGAAUCACAUUGAAGCUCGGACCUUGGCCCAUAAGGUACUUCAGUAGGGAUAAGGCCGAGUAUGCUCUUCGCAAGGUGCAUGAAGGUGUAUGUGGGAAUCACAUCGGAGCUCGGACCUUGGCCCAUAAGAUACUUUGCUCGAUUAUAUACAGAUAUGGAAUUCCAUAUCAAGUUGUUGCUGACAACGGACCUCAGUUCAACUGUACCUUUUUCAAAGACUUUUGUUCCAACUAUGGGAUAAAAUUAGUGUUCACUUCUGUUUAUCACCCUAAGGCAAACAGAAUGGUAGAGUUUGUCAAUAAAGCAAUCUUAGAGGGGAUUAAACUGAGCCUAGAUCAGGUCAAAGCCAAGUGGGCAGACGAGCUCAAUAAUGUUCUAUGGUAUUACCGAAUUAUGAGCUGAGCAGCCACAGGUAUGUAACUUAACCAACUUCUUAUUCUCCUUUGAUCUGAGGCUAUUGCUAGUUAUGUGAAAUAAACCCUAAAAUUACAA